UAGUCCUAUAACUACAGGCAUAUAGUAUCAGGCAGUAAAAUCUGUGCUCCAAGAACUUCUUCCCAUGGCCACCGACAAAGCAGUUGCAGCUGAUAAGUAUAGGUCUUUCUUACACGAAGAAGGACAAAACUUUGAGUGGAGACAUGGUGGCCCUCCAAUUUACGAUUCUGUCAACAAGGUUUUUGAAGAAGGCCGAACUAAGGAAUGGCCAAAAGGGUCCCUAGAAGAGGUAGUUCAAAAUGCUGUAAAGUCAUGGGAGAUGGAGCUGUCUCACAAGACUCGUAUACAAGAUUUCAGGACCAUAAAUCCUGAGAAAUUCAAGCUUAUCGUCAAUGGAAAAGAGGGAUUAUCAGGGGAAGAAACACUAAAGCUGGGGAGCUACAAUGCGUUGUUAAAGAGUUCAAUGCCAGAGGAAUUCAAGUACUACAAAGCAGAAGAAGAGAGCUUUGAAUCUUCUCAUGAUGCAUUCCGCUCAGCCUUUCCUCGUGGAUUUGCAUGGGAAGUAAUCAGUGUUUAUUCCGGACCCCCAGUGGUCACCUUCAAAUUCAGGCACUGGGGCUACUUUGAAGGACCUUUCAAAGGCCAUGCCCCUACUGGGGAGAUGGUCCAGUUCUAUGGCCUCGCAGUCAUGAAGGUUGAUGAAUCAUUGAGGGCAGAAGACGUGGAAGUUUACUAUGAUCCUGCGGAGCUAUUCGCUGGGUUGCUUAAGCGAUCCGAUAUCUCUGACUCUGCCAACAUUUCAGCGCCUUCAGGUCAUGGCUGUCCUUUUCACAAUUAGAUAAUGUUAAAAUCGUUCCAUCCUUUCUGGACCAAAGGCAGAAGUCCAACAAAUUUCCUUUUCAAGAAGUGGACAUUUGUCUUUCCAUAAAUUU